AUGGCGGUGGCACGUGACAAGAACGUCGAGGACGCCUUUACCUGUGGGCCUUUAUGGGCCGCAUUCAUAAGUGAGCUUAUUCUCAAGCCCAAUAUUAAUGGGAAGAGGGGAGAGCUGCAGCCAUUGGAGCCUGAUUGGAACAAAUUUUUCUACGAAGGAAACGACGACGGAGACAAUAAUCGCCAAGUUGGUAGAUCCUCAAAUCGUGCUCCCAUGGAAGAUUCCAGCAGUCCUUAUUACUUGCACAAUGGAGAUCACUCAAGUUUUGAUAGAGAGACGGUGUUUGGCUCCUCUGACUUUAAACGACGACGUUUCUCGUACCAGAAACUUCCUCAGCUUCAGCACCUCAAACUCUCUGUUCUCAAGCUCGAUGGCUCUGUCUUUGAAGUGCAAGUUGUGAAGAGUGCUACUGUGGCAGAGCUCAAAAGUGCCAUAGAAGAAUUUUUUAGUUCAUUGCCAAAGGAAGGUCAAGACAAGAUAUCUUGGUCAUUAGUGUGGGGACACUUCUGCUUGUGCUACGAAGGGCAGAAGCUAAUCAAUGACAAAUCAAACAUUCGGAAUUAUGGGAUCAAGGAAGGUGAUCAGCUCCAAUUCAUUAGGCAUAUGUCCAUCAACUAUUCACCAUUUAAGAAAAGACCAAAGAAAGAGAACACUUCUUGCAAAAAGGACUUGUUAAUGUUGUCGUCGGGAUCAAAUGCUUGUGAAGAGAGUGAACAGAAUGGAAUGAAUGUUGGUAAAGAAAGCAAGGAAAUUGAUAAAGAGGAAGAAAAUGGUGCGGCUCAGUUCAAGAUGGCCCAUUUCUUGAGAGGUUUGCUUUCGUAUUCCAAGCUGCGGGGGUUUUCUAGAGGAGGAGGAUCAUCAGACUGCAGGACAAGCCGUCCUACAAGAUUCGCUUUGCAAUUCUUGAGAACCUAG